AUGUCCGAAACUCGUAGGCUUUUGGAGGCUGCCGCAGCCCUCUCUACCAUUCUCCGCGACGCUGGAAUUCCACAUGCUUUUCAUGGAAGUGUACUGACCGCGGUUCUAGCCAACGCUCCGCUCAGUGACGAGAUCUUCUGUCUUGUCGAAGGUGGUCAAACCCAAGCCCAUCCCUUUCGUCGAGUUCGUGAUGCGAUCGCGGGCAACGAUAUUUUUUCAGCAACCCACUCGCCUUGGACAAAUCGGCAAGCUACCAUAGAGAUCUUGCCUGCUGGAGAAACUGGCCCACGAAUUCUGGACAGCACGACUGUGAUGAAAAUGCAAGGAAUUCCCUUCGUGACGAUCUCGGAGUUUAUCCGAGCAAAACUGAAAAAUUGGAUCAUCCGUGGUUCAGAUCGGGAUGCUCAAGACAUCUCCUACGUGCUGACUAAAUAUUGGAAUCGAGUGGAUAUCAACCGAAUACCUGAGCAAGACAUGAGCCAGUUUGUAGCACGUAAUGCAAGCGUGGCACCAGCAUGGUUGGCAGUGAAGAGGAAGUAUGGAAUGUAA